ACCCUAACAUUCUCCCCUCUUUCUCUCUCUCUCACUCACUUUUGUCCCCCGUGGAUAUCAGAGGGAAAACACAAAAACUAGGGUUUUAGAGAGAACGGGAGCCAAAGUGAGAGAGAAGAGGCAGAAAUUUUUAGGAGUAGGGUUUUAUUAUAUUGCUUCUCUAGGGUUUAGAAAAUGGUGGCCGACAAAGGAAAGAAGAUGAAAGUAGCAGAGAAAGUAGAGGAAGAGAACCAUGAACAAAUAGAUGGAGACCUCGUCAUUUCCAUCGAGAAGCUUCAAGAGAUCCAAGAUGAGCUUGAGAAGAUCAAUGAAGAGGCAAGCGAGAAAGUCUUGGAAGUGGAGCAGAAAUACAAUGAGGUUCGCAAGCCGGUCUAUGAUAAGCGGAAUGAAAUCAUCAAUUCAAUUCCUGAUUUCUGGUUAACAGCUUUCUUGAGCCAUCCUGCUCUUGGUGAUCUUUUGACUGAAGAGGACCAGAAGAUAUUCAAAUAUAUUAACUCACUUGAAGUGGAGGAUUUUAAAGAUCUGAAAUCUGGAUACACCAUCACAUUUAACUUCAAUUCCAAUCCAUACUUUGAAAAUACAACACUUACGAAGACCUUUACCUUCCUCGAUGAUGGAACCAAAAUUACCGCUACCCCAAUCAAGUGGAAAGAGGGCAAGGGCUUGCCAAAUGGAGUUAAUCAUGAGAAGAAAGGAAACAAGCGACAACUUGCUGAAGAAAGCUUCUUUACCUGGUUUGCUGAUGCUCAGCAAAAAGAUGACAUGGAUGAAAUUCAUGAUGAGGUAGCAGAGAUUAUCAAGGAGGAUUUAUGGCCCAAUCCUCUCACUUAUUUCAACAAUGAGGCUGAUGAAGAGGAUUUUGACGGAGAUGAGGGGGAUGUAGAGGGUAAAGAUGAUGAUGAUGAUGAGGAGUCUGAUGAUGAUCAAGAUGAGGAUGAUGACGACGACGAUGAGGACUAAAUCACUUAACAGCCUUAAUCAUAGUAGUUGCUUCUCUUGCUCAAUCGGACAGAAACCUAGCAAUUCAUCGAUCCAACAGGGUACAAGAUAGCAAGGCCCAAAGCCCAGAGAAAUAAAACCAUAAAGUACAAGGCCACCCCAGCAUUAGGAAGGAAGAGAGCUGAUCGCAAUUAACCCACUUGUCUUCCAUUCGGACGUCAUGAUGGAGGAAGAUUUUAUGGUCAUGGAGAGUCAUAAACUUGUCUUUGUUAGGUGUGCACUUGUUGGACCUCUGCUCUUUUUCUACACUAUGUUUUUCUUAUGUUACUUGUUCUAAUAACUAAGCUAGAUGGGCACAUAGUUGUCUGGAUAUUUUAUUUUUUACUAUCCUCAUGUAAUCUAUGAUACCGUUACAACUGACAGUUUGUUGGCUUUCUAUUUCAAGUACCAUAUCUAUGAACUCUAUAA